UACUAUUGUGAAUACAAGUGAAAUUUAUAUUCACAAAGAAAUUGAAUUGAGUUCGGUGAUUUCAAAAUUAUUUGUAAUUUUAUACCUACCUAAGUUAAGAAUUGAGGAUUGGAUGAAGAGGAGGAUCACACAUAAACAAAGGUGUAAAAGUAAAACAUAAAAUACAACGAGAUUAGGUUCUACACCUGAUCGAAGAUUGCAAAAAUGGACCCGUAUCCAAUAAGUGAUGUAAUUGAUCUCACAAAUCUUGCUGACUCGUUUACGGACGGAUCACAGACCCAACAUAAUCCAGAUGAGGUGAUUGAAUUAGAUAGAGAUUCGGAAGACUCUAUAUAUAAUGAUAGGAGUCUAUCCGACAACGUUCAAUUUGGAGAAGAAAAUACAAUGGAAGAACUUAUGAACCUAGAAAUUUAUAAAAAUCCAAAGGAGAGAGCGGCUAAACUAAGAAAAUCUGUAAGUAAAAGAGGGAUACAGCAUGCGCUAAGAUUGGAAAGACUAAAAAAUUUGGAAGAAGCAAGUAAAAGGCUAGAACAAGAAAUGGACAAGGAGAAAGCAAAAAAUAUAAAACGAGCCGUGAGAGAAAGAUUACGUGCAAUGAGGGAUAAGAGAGAGAAGUGUACAGUGUGUAACAAUUUACCAAAAGAAACCACAUUUGGGAGUUGUCCCAUAUGUUGGGAGGAGUUAGGGGACGAACCAAUGGCUUCAACAACUUGUGGGCAUGUGUUUUGCAUAGAAUGUAUACGUAGAUAUCUUAACCAUGACCCAAAAUGCCCCACUUGCAGACACGAGUUAGUAGGACCCAAUGUAUAUCAUCCACUUUAUUUAAGCCAAGGAACAUAAGCCAAUAUAUUUCAUGAUUUUUGUUCGCAAUAGCAUAUACAGGAUUAAAUAUUGGUCGUUUUAAUCAGGACCACGGGACAAUCCAUUUGUAAAAUUAAAAAUCUCCAAUCAUUUCUCGCAUAAACCAGCCAAGCAUUAGAGUCAAGAAAUUAACCGAGCGAGCCGCUCAGACUGACUAG